GCAGGUGUGGGCUCUGGGCCGCGCAGCCGGACCGCGCGAGUCGCAGGUGCACGGUGUAUGGGCCAGUGAGGACGCACGGAGAUACCCUCGCCGCGGCGUAGGCGGAGCAGCGCGGGAGCCAGGCGCUGCCCCGCGACCCUGCGUCCGAGCGAGCGGAACCUUGCGCUUCGCCCGUGGACUGUCCGAAGUCCGCGCUAUGGAAGAGGAGAAAUACUUGCCUGAGCUGAUGGCAGAGAAAGAUAGCCUGGAUCCAUCUUUUGUGCAUGCAUCGCGCCUUUUGGCGGAAGAAAUUGAAAAAUUUCAAGGUUCUGAUGGAAAGAAAGAAGAUGAAGAAAAGAAAUAUCUUGAUGUCAUCAGCAACAAAAACAUAAAGCUCUCAGAAAGGGUAUUGAUUCCUGUGAAACAGUAUCCCAAGUUCAACUUUGUGGGGAAAUUGCUUGGACCAAGAGGAAACUCCUUGAAGAGGCUACAGGAAGAAACGGGUGCCAAAAUGUCUAUCCUGGGCAAAGGAUCGAUGAGAGACAAAACGAAGGAAGAAGAACUAAGGAAGAGUGGGGAAGCCAAAUAUGCCCACUUGAGUGAUGAACUUCAUGUAUUAAUUGAAGUGUUUGCUCCACCUGGGGAAGCUUAUUCACGUAUGAGUCAUGCACUGGAAGAGAUUAAAAAAUUCCUGGUUCCCGACUAUAAUGAUGAAAUUCGUCAGGAACAACUACGUGAAUUAUCUUACUUAAAUGGCUCAGAAGACUCUGGCCGUGGCAGAGGUAUUAGAGGCAGAGGGAUCAGAAUAGCCCCCACAACGCCUUCAAGGGGUCGUGGGGGUGCCAUUCCUCCUCCCCCGCCACCUGGACGAGGUGUUCUCACUCCCCGAGGGACCACUGUGACCCGUGGAGCUCUUCCAGUGCCCCCUGUAGCAAGAGGUGUCCCUACCCCACGAGCCCGAGGGGCACCAGCUGUGCCAGGAUACAGGGCACCCCCUCCUCCAGCCCAUGAGGCUUAUGAAGAAUAUGGGUAUGAUGACGGCUUUGGGGGUGACUAUGACGACCAGACCUAUGAGACAUAUGACAACAGCUAUGCCACCCAAACACAAAGUGUGCCUGAAUACUAUGACUACGGUCAUGGAGUAAGUGAGGAUGCCUAUGACAGCUACGCACCAGAAGAAUGGGCCACGACCCGCUCCAGCCUGAAGGCACCACCGCCAAGGUCAGCCAGAGGGGGAUACAGGGAGCACCCCUAUGGUAGAUAUUGAAGGUCCUCCUCACCCGUGACCUCACCUCAAAGACAAUUCAUAGCCUGUGGUCUCCACAAAAACAGCAACAAGACAAGUAAUAGUCCUUUUUUUUUCCUAUUCUAGGAAUAACUUCUCAUGAUUAUUCCCAUAUAGUUCUUGUAUUUCCCCUAUACUGUUGGUGUGACUUUGGCACUAGUAUUUUCCAAAACGGACUAAAAGAGACACUGGCAAGCAUUAUCUAUAAACCGUUCAGUAGGAUGAUAUUCUCUUGG